GACUUCGAGUGUUGGUUGGCUUUCCGGCGAGAACGAGAGAGCAAAUAAAAUGGCGCGCGGCCUUCUGGAGGUGCAUCUGGUCCACGCCAAGGGCCUCUCCGGCACCGAUUUCCUUGGGAAGAUAGACCCGUAUGUGGUGGUGCAGUUCCGGAGCCAGGAGCGCAAGAGCAGCACCGCCGGAGAUGCGGGGAGGAACCCGAGUUGGAACGAGGUCUUCAGGUUCCAGAUCAACUCCUCCGCGGCCAACGUGCAGGAUAAGCUUGUCCUCCGGAUCAUGGACCACGACAACUUCUCCAGCGACGAUUUCCUCGGCCAAGCAACGAUCAAUGUGACUGACCUCAUCAGCAUGGGCAUGGAGAGCGGCACGUCGCGGCUGAACCCGGCCAAGUACAGGGUGGUCACCGCCGACAACUCGUACCACGGCGAGAUCAAGAUCGGCAUCACCUUCACCGCCGCAAAGUUUUAA